AUGCCCACGACCCCGGAUUUAGAAAACGUUCUAGGCGAAUUUGUAACUGUCACUGGAAUUUCUUUGGAUGAUCCGGAAAAUGUGGAAAAGGCCCGUGCAUUGAUUUCUCGCCAUGGGCUGAACUUAAACAACGCAGUGCUAGACUACUUUGAAAAUGGCCUAAACCAUGUACCUAGCGAACCUAUUUCUGAAUCAGUUGCACUGACGGGAGCAGAAAGAUUUGAGAGCUCGGUGGUUCAUCGCAAUCUUCAGGAUGAGUUCGAUUUGACCUCGUUUUUACCUCAGCUUCCGAAAGCUCCUCGUAUAACGAACAACUGGCAAUUUGAGUUGGGAAUCCAUGUCUCAAUGAAAGCGAAAGAAGCGGCAGAGAAAAAAGCAGAGGAGAAAGAAAUCAGCGAGAAAGGUAGCGAGGAUUCUAGCUCGUCUGAAGAGAGAGCACCACAGAAACGAAUGUCUUUCUUAUGGCUAGUGGUUCUCUUCGCACUGAAAUCUCUAUCUUUUCUCUAUUCACUAGUUCGCUAUCUCUUGGGCCUCACAUCCCCUUCACUUCUGCACAAAUUGAAGUCAUCGAAGUUUAACUACGACGAUUAUGAAGAGGGUUACACAUUUGCGCAUGAUUUGGCACAGUUUGAAUCUGGUUCAAAGUACUCUAUCAGCACGUCCAACUAUAACAUGUGUUACGAAGCGGCCCAAAAAGAUUACGAGUUCAUGCUAAUCGUGUUGGUAGACAACUCAACCGUAGGCUUCGUUGGCGACUUAUUGCAAUCGGAAGACUUCUUUGCUCUUUUCAACAAAGACACAGGAACAUACAAAGAUUCAAAACUAUUUUUUGGUAACAUGGACAAGGACCCUGAAGCAUUUGAGGUAUCAUCUGCUUUCCGGAGAAGAAACACUCCAUUUGUUGCGCUAGUUGGAAAUGUUUCGAACAAUCCUGCGGUUAUGUCGUCCAUGUCGAUAAUUUACAAAUCCAGUCCUCGUUAUGUUGUCUCAAAUAAUGCGGAAGGUGCUAAUCUAUCGACAUUGAGCGCUUUGGCGAGACACCUUCGCCGUAAUAUGUCCAAUUAUAAUCCGCAAUUGGUGACUAAACGAUAUGAUAAGCAGGAAAUGGAGUUCAGUCGCAUGCUCAAGGAACAACAAGACGAAGCGUAUUUAGAAUCUUUGCAGCAGGACAAGAUUAAAAAGCAAGAAAAGGAAUCACAGUCACAAGAACAGGAAAGAAAAGCUACACGCCAUCGGAACAGAAUCGCAUUUCUUCGGCACAUUAAAGAAAGCGAUUUCUUUCAAUCUCGAGUGGAAAAUUCAACGGCUGCAGACGUUGUCAGAGUUUCUAUAAAAUUGCCCGAUGGUAAGAGAUUAAUUCAAAAGUUCCCCAAGUCGUCUGCGGUGCAUGAGGUGUAUUUAUUUGUUGAGAUGCAUCUAGUUGAGCUAGAUGAAAAUUUAGAAGGAUCGGUAAUGGGGGUGGAGGACUACAUUAAAGAGUAUGACUUCAACUUCGAGCUUUACAAACCUCUUCCGAAAACGGUAUUACCAUCGACUCUGCAAAGUAUCGAGGAGUUUGGUGCCUUGAAAUCGGGUGACAGUAUUUUGGUGGAGUACCUUGAUGAUUAG